AUGACGGUCAACGAGGCGUCAUCUGAGGUGCCGCGGGCGAGGCUCGGCCAGUUUGGAUCCAACUACUGGGCGAUAUGCGCCAUCCCUGUCUUCUUUCUCUCUCUCUUGGCAAUGGUUCACAAGCAUACGGUGAUGUCGAACAAGUGGGUCGUUCCGCUCACAGCAUUCUCGACAUCUGCCUGCCUUCUUUGGCUUGGAGCAGUUGAACGAGCCGUGCCGGAGCCAUAUCUCGACGAAGUUUUUCACAUCCCGCAGGCGCAAAAGUAUUGCCAAGGAAAGUAUCGUGAAUGGGAUGAUAAGAUUACGACUCCUCCGGGGCUAUAUCUCUUGUCCGUGACACUGCAGCAAAUAGCUAGCCGUGUGUACGGAUCAUUCGAAUGUGACGCCAACAGCCUCCGUGCUUUCAACGUCGCCGCCUUGUUCACUUUGGUAUACCUGGCUCUGCUCUGUCGUCGUGAGAUUGAGGAGCGAAUGCAGGAGAAGCGCUCUUCGACCCGAGGCAGGCUCCUUUCAGGCUACGCGUUGCAUACCGCCCUUAACAUCGGCCUAUUCCCCCUGCUGUUCUUCUUCUCGGGCCUUUACUACACCGACGUUGUGUCCACCGCCGUCGUGGUCGGAGCAUUCCUGAACCAUCUGAAGCGUAUGGAACAUGAUGGAAGCUCCAUUCCCAGCGAUUUCAUCACUGUCGGUCUAGGGGUCGUGUCCCUUUUCAUGCGGCAAACGAAUGUGUUUUGGACCGUCGUGUUCAUGGGCGGCCUCGAAGCCGUGCAUGCUGUGAAAACGCUUAAGCCUCGAGGCGUUGAUCAGCCACAGAUGACGACCUUGUGGGAGCGUUGCAAAUUCUUUUGCUGGAGGUACUCGGUUGGAGAUGUUCAUGACCUACCGCUGGAUCGAGCCUGGCCGGACGACGUGCUUUUCACCGCCGUCAGUCUGAUCAUCGCGGCCAUCUGCAACCCUGUCCGCGUCGCACGACAGGUGUGGCCCUACGGGACGGUGCUGGCCUCGUUUGUCUCGUUUGUGAUGUGGAACGGAGGCGUCGUUCUCGGCGACAAGUCGAACCAUGUCGCCACCAUUCACCUAGCUCAGCUGCUCUACAUCUGGCCAUUUUUCGCCUUUUUUUCUCUGCCACUACUGUUGCCAUAUGCGCUCUCGCUGGUGAAUAUCCUCUGGAGUGCGGCAUCGCCAACGGCAUCGCAGUCUAAGAAAGCACCAGCCCGUGACGAGCAAACUUUGGAACGUCGAACAUCGAAGCAACAGGGAAGCAGCAAGGGAUUGGAGCCAACGGACGCCAAGCCGGACCAGCUCGCAGCACGUACUCUAUUCCACAAUGCUUCUACUCCGCUGCGGUUUUCCAAGAGCGCAAAGUACUUUGCUUGGAUACUCUCUCUGCUCGGCACCAUCGCCCUCUCCGGUGUCGUGGUGCGGUACAACACAAUAAUUCAUCCUUUCACCCUCGCCGACAACCGCCACUACAUGUUUUACGUCUUCAGGUACACCAUCCGUCGAGGGAAGUGGGUACGAUACUUGCUCAUCGUUCCGUAUACCGUCAGCCGCUGCAUGAUCUGGGGCACCUUGGCAGGGUCGAGCGGGUGGAUGGCCGAAGCCUGCAACUCGACCUUGGCGCACCAUACUCCAUCCAGCGGUCACACACUCCAAGGAUCCUGCGGCGACAAGAAGGAGCAGAAAGAGUCCUCGAUCCCAAGGGGUUCCGUUGAUCAAGGCUUGAAGGAGGAGUUGUCCGUCAGCCCCCUUCAGCACUCGUCCGAGCCGGCAUCAACAUCCACCGGCCUGAUACUGCUUCUCGCCACCGCGCUGUCCUUGGUAUCUGCCCCUCUUGUCGAGCCCAGGUACUUUAUCGUCCCCUGGGUUAUGUGGCGGCUUUUGGUUCCAGCAUGGCAACCGCAAGAUCAAGGCAUUUACCGUAAACUCUCGGAAGCAACCAAGGCCAGUUCGGUACCUGGGAGGCUGGCGGAACAAUGCAAGCAUCAUGAUUUGCGGCUCGUUCUUGAGACACUGUGGUUCGUUGCCAUCAACUUGGUAACGUGCUACAUCUUCGUCGCGAAGCCGUACAUUUGGAGGGCCGAGGACUGGACUAUCCUCGACGACGGACGCCUGCAGCGAUUCAUGUGGUAA